CCAUUCAAGUACAGCGUAGCCGAGUAGCUUCUGAGAGAAGCUUUUUCUUAUAAUCGAGCCGCUCCCUAUUUAAACUCUCCUCUCCACCUAUAUCCCCCAAAGGAUUUUAUGUUUGCCUGUGAUAAGUUCUUUUGAAACGUCCGAUAACAAACGAUGACUAGCGAGGCAUUACCACCGUCUAGCAUUGGGCAGACAGCACAAAAUGUGGAUUUCACAAAACAUGGAUUGGGCUUGCAAGUAACUCCUCCACACAUCUGCAACCCGGAAGCUGAUAAAGUUUUCAAGGAAACAAGAGUGGGCACGGAUCCGUCAGAAAAUGUUUCCAAGGCACCGUCGUCACAUAUGACAACAAUCCAGAGGCCAGCUGAGCUUGAAAAAAAGCCGUCGUCGUCCAUUAAACGCUCCAAAAUUGAUUAUCAAUUCUUCGGCCCACGUCGCUCGUCCAACUCGCGGGCUCCCAUUGCAGCACCUGAUAUGCCAUCUUACAAUUCUGUUGGAUACUGGCCUUACUAUUCAACCAUUUAUGAUAUCCCAGCAAGUCCUCCGUACAACGGACCUGGCACUGCAAGUACCGCAUUCGGUUCGCUCAACUCGCCGACCGGUUCCUACAUGACCCCACGCAUGGACAACACAGAGGGAUUCCUGUCCACAGUUUAUCAGGCGCCUAACUACGACAUUUACGGAUCUUACAAUAACGGAUGCGUUUAUUCGGGUAACGGCAAGCAGCGAGCAAAGGCGUUCACGGCAGAUGCAGUAAAGGGGUAUGGUAGCCAUAUGUCCUCGUCCACAUACGCUGGAGGCGAAGGAGGUGGCCAUUUUCCAUCCAGACAGCAGCGCAUUCCUCACGACGAUGCCAAAGCAAUGUGGGUUGGCAACUUACCGCCCAACGUCACCGAAAAUGAAAUCAAAGAAUAUUUUAACCUCUGCGAUAUCAUAAGCAUCGCCAAUUUGACUCGCUCUCGCUGCGCGUUUAUUAAUUUGACCUCACAAGCUGAGGUGGACAUGGCUGUCAAGACGUACAAUGACUCGAUCUUCAACGGAUGCAUGCUAGUUUGCCGCUCACGCAAAAAUCACGUUGAAAAGCAGCGCGCAUCCACCGAAGUGAUGAGGGAAACAACCGCUUCGCAGCAAAACGUUCGCAAGGCUAACAUAACUGAAGAAGAAUCCACCAGCGCUGAGGGGCAGCCGAAAUACAAGUUCGAAGAACGCUUUUUUAUUCUCAAGUCUCUCACCAAGGACGACCUGGAAAUUGCCAGGGAGCGUGGAUAUUGGGCUACUCAAGUCAAAAACGAACCUAUCUUGAACAAAGCGUUUGGGAACACUCGCAACGUAUAUCUCAUUUUUAGUGCUAAUAAAAGCGGCGAAUUUUACGGAUAUGCAAGGAUGGAAUCCAGCAUUGAUCCGGCCCAGGCCGAGUCGGUCGAGUGGGUUCCGGUCACCAAUCCCCCGCCGCAUCGCAGCGAGGCACCCUUCGACUCGCCGCCCUACAGCAACAGUGAUGGAAGCUGGCCGACUAGCGACGAAUACCAACUGCCAAAGUGGGGAACCCCGUUCAAAGUCAACUGGAUGGUCAUCCAUCCCUUGCCAUUCUCGCGUGUGAAGCAUCUACGUAACGCUUGGAAUGCAAAUAAACAAGUGAAAGUCAGUCGCGACGGGAUUGAGGUUGAAACUUCAAUUGGAAAGCGUCUCCUCCAGGAGUUUGAGGAUGAGGUCCGGCGCUCAGAAGAAAACAAUUACCAGCGCGAGUUACAUGGAUUAGGCAGAGAGGGUGAUGUUCCGCAUGCGGAAAGCGGAUCUUCUGAGUCUGAAAUCAUGCAGUUCAUCGACAAGCCCAUUGAUUGUGCGAAAGUUCCUCAAUACUCGAACGGUCAUAGUCCCCGGUCCAACAAGAAGCGGCUGCCGCCGCUUCAGCCGUUGAAAACAAACGGGCUUUCUUAUGAUGUGUUGAUGUACUCUCCAACCUAUGUUCCAACGCCAGCAUACGACACUGCAUGCAUGACCCCCCCGGCGCCUGCAUCUCCAUACCCGAUCUCUUACUGGACACCGUCGCAGCCACCUCUCUCCCCUCCAAUGGUUCCUUGGUCGCCAGUAGCUUAUUCGGCGUACUACCCGCAGCAUAUGGAGAAUGGCUAUCAAAAGAAAUCGUUCAAAUAUAACGCAGUUCCUUGCCAAUGAAAGCACCGCACGACAGCGGACAUUCGGUGCUUGCAGCGUCUUUUGCGGCGUCGAAACCAAAGACUUUACGUUUCUCGGCCGAUUACUAUGUAUACGAUUGAUUUACCCCGAGUUGGUAGUAGCAGCUCUGUGUAUAUUCUUGGUUUACUCUUCUUUCCAAUAGCAAUGUGAGGAUUCGACGACGAUGGUCGGGGUCUUACUUAGCUUUACCAUAGC